CGAUGCGUUCGAUACUUGCUUUUCUAGCCUUUCUCCUGCACUUCUCGACCAUUGCCGCGCAGACAUCUCCUCGAGACCUUCGUACAACUUUUCAAGCCCGUACCUCGCUCGAUGAUGGGGGUGGACUAUCAAACGGGGGCACCACGGCCGUACAAUGGGAUAAUAGGUCGUUGAUUGUGCAAGGGAGGAGGUCGUUCGUGUGGAGCGGGGAGUUUCAUUUCUGGAGGCUGCCCGUGCCGGAUCUGUGGAGGGAUAUUUUACAGAAGUUCAAAGCUGCAGGGUUUAAUACGGUCUCUACGUAUGUUCACUGGGGUGCUACAAAUCCCUCGGAAGGACGCGUCGAAUGGGACGGAUAUCGCGAUUUUGAGUUAUUUUUGCAGGUGGCGCAGGAAGUCGGGCUCUGGGUCAUUGCGCGUCCCGGACCAUACAUUAAUGGCGAGAGCUCUGCUGGUGGCAUACCUGGGCGUGUAACAAAUAUUGCUGGAUACCUGAGGUCCAACGACUCGGACUACUUUGACUCAUACCAAGAUUACUACAGAAGUGCGGUCGAGAUCGUAAAGAGAUACCAGAUCAACGAAGGGGGCCCGGUUAUCAUAUUUCAAGUUGAAAAUGAGUAUACGAACAAUACGAAUUUUGCCACUCCGAACCCGGUAACGAAGAACGAGUACAUGCAAGCUUUAGAGGAUAUCCUUCACGAGCUAGGCAUUGUUCUUCCACUCACAAGCAACGACUCCUACGAAGGAAGGAACUUUGCACCUGGAUCAACUGGUGAAGCGGCCGUGGGAGAGGUGGAGGUGUAUGGGCUGGACAGUUACCCUCAAGGCGGCUGCGACCAGCCGUACCUGUGGAGCGAUUAUCCGGUAGAUUAUUGGAGCUAUCAUUUAGAAGUGAAUCCAGAUCAGCCGUGGUACCAGCCAGAGUUCCAAGGUGGAAGCUACCUUGGCUGGGGUCCCAAUAGUCCGAACUAUACCGCCUGCAACAUUCUCACUGGCUCCGAUUUUGAACAGGUUUACUAUUUGAACCAGUUCGCGGUCGGAAUUAGGUUGAACAAUGUCUAUAUGACGUACGGUGGAACUUCGUGGGGGCAUUUCGCAUUUCCUGGAGUCUACGCUAGCUACGACUACGGUGCCGCCAUCGCCGAGGAUAGGACAUUAACAGGAAAGUGGCUCGAGCUGAAAAACAUUGGCACAUUCCUUCGUAGCGUUGAGACGGACAUGGCCGGGAGCGAUAUCAUGGGCAAUAGCUCCGCAGGAUACACUGAUAACCCUUCUGUUUUCGUCACGGAACUUCGUAAUAAGGACACUGAUACUGCUUUCUACGUCGUACGUCAGAACAUGACCAGUUCCAACGCGACUGUCACCGCGAAGGUCAACAUCACAACUUCUUUGGGGGCCUUCACCAUCCCUCAGAAUCCUUCCAUCUUCGUCACACUCCAUGGCCGCCAGUCUCGACUAUUUGUUGUUGACCAUCAGUAUGGUAACUCGAGCAUCCUGUAUAGUACUGCAAGCCUUUUCUAUUCUGGAACCAUCGGCACGCGCGACGUCCUCUUUCUCCAUGGGCCAAGCGAUCAAGAUUUCGAGGUCGUUCUCAAGACCGGGACCACAACACCGAGUUUCUCCGGAACUAUCUCCGUCAACGUUUCUACCUUCGAUGCAGGCUACAACGUGCUCACAUUCUCACCGACCGCCAGCUCGUUGAGCGCCUCUAUAUCUAACGACUCCAUAAUCCUCGUUGGUGACACAUUGUCUGCUAGCACCUUCCACGCUCCUAUCCUCCCUGGUCCAGAUGGCUUCACGUUCUUUGGCACGAGCACGAACGACACAAUUCUUCUUCAAGGACCUCCUCUCGUUAGGAAUGCCUCGAUAUCUGGGUCCACGCUCGACCUCUAUGGAGACAUUGAAACAUCUACGACCGUCACCGUGUACGCCCCUGAUUCUGUCACCAACAUCACCUGGAAUGGUGCCAGACAGACCGUCUCUGCCUCGGAAGGCUUCUUGACGUUUGACUACCGAUAUCCAGCUCCGAAUGUCACUGUUCCAGUGAUCUCGGGAUGGAAGUACGCCGACAGUCUACCUGAGAUUCAAGACGGUUUCUCGGAUUCCAAUUGGACGGAUGCAGACCACUUGAACAGCACGAACCCGUUCUUCAAGUAUUAUGGAGAUUAUUACUUGUAUGCUUGUGAAUACGGCUUCUGUGAAGGGCCGGUCCUGUGGAGGGGCCACUUCAAUGGUACUGGGCUAGAGACGGCGAUGAACCUAAGCAUCUCUGGUGGACGAGCCUUUGCCGGUAGUGUAUGGCUCAACGACGCGUUCCUCGGUAGUACAUACGGCAACUCAAGUAACAAUAUUGCGGCAGACAUCGUCGAGACUACGAACGAGACAUAUGUCUUCCCUGACGGCGCUGUCAAGAUCAACGCCUCGAAUGUGGUCACAGUGUUACAUGAUAAUAUGGGUAUGGAGGAGGCUCAGGCCAAUCAGUACACUGAAUGGCUCAAGUCGCCUCGCGGGAUUCAAGGGUAUGAACUACUAGGCGCAGAAGCACAGCCUACCUGGAAGGUCCAGGGCAAACUGGGUGGCUAUUCUGAUUUCCCAGAUCGCAUUAGAGGGAUCAUGAAUGAGGGCGGCCUCUACGGUGAACGGGCUGGCUGGCAUUUGCCUGGUUUCGACGACUCGCAGUGGGAAACUCGGUCACCAGCGGAAGGAAUAUCGUCCGCUGGUGUGGGUUUCUUCCGGGCAACAUUCGACCUGGACAUCCCAGCGGGCGUGGACGCCAAGAUGUCUUUCAACUUCCCUCCGUAUGGCAAUGGAACGUACAGAGCAUUCCUCUAUGUGAACGGGUGGAACUUCGGCCGAUAUGUCGCCAAUCUCGGGCCUCAAGCUCGCUUCCCUGUUCCAGUUGGAAUAUUGAACCCAUCAGGGACGAAUACUGUGGCGUUAGCCGUCUGGGCCACAAGUGCAGAUGGAGCGUCCAUUGACUCGUUCAAGUUGAGCGUUGACUCUGUCAUCGAAGGGGGAACAGGUCCAGCUGCAGUGAACAACCCUGCGUGGGAACCUCGUAACGUUGUGUAGAGUUUGACGCUCGGCGAGAUUUAUGGCCAGUAAUUCCGAGAAAGCUAUGGAGAGUAGGGUAGAUUGCUGGCAAACUUUCUGUCAGAGACAAAUCUAAAUUUUCAAACUUUGGCACAAGCGCUCGAUACCAUGCCACGCCAUCACCGUUGUCCAGUUUUAGAUGCUUGCGACAAUCUACAGUGCAGGAACUGUACUUUCGCAUUCACACUAUGAUCACUCCCACCAGCCGUCUGCUAUGACGAUUCGUAUCCCCUGCUCCUCCCAGAAGUCCAGCAUGGUCCUACUCCGGAUAUAGUCGUACUUGACAGCAUCUCUCUGUGUCUGUUUCGAGAACCGAAGGGUCUCUAGACGCGCGAUCCCCGUGCGAGAUGUCGACGACCGCUCAAAUCGUAUCCGUGAUUCGACCAUGGUAGUGAGCGCUUCGAAGAAAGCGCGUUGAGACUUGGUGGAGGUCUCUCCGUAAUCAUACGAAUCGGUUUCAAUGUAAAUUCCGAAAUCUUGAAGUCGCAUUGACGUGCUCGUGUUUGGUGAGGAAGCGUCGAUCGCCACACCGUGGUCUGGGAUGACAAGCGCAGCUAGGAUAGGGACCCAAUACGUGUAGUCAUUCGGACCGACGAAGUACAUUUUUUCCAAAUUCGGCAGCCACUGAAAGAGUUGAAGUAGCAACGAACGAGGAACGUGGAUAUGCUGGAGCCGAAUCGCGCGCAGCGACGGAGAGAGAAAUCGUUGAAGCGCUGAAUAGGCUCUGGCACCUAAGAAUGGCCCUGCCAUCGGGUCCUCAAGCGUCCACGAGAGUGUGAACCCCUCUAGCUGAGGCGCUUCGAGGACGUUCAAA